UUUAGAGGAGGUAUAGUAUAACUUCAUAGCAAUGCACUAUUUGAUGAUUCUAGUCUUUAUUGCACUUUUGGCCAUGGCCUUCGUGAAUGCAAGCCCCGUUCCUGAUCCACAUGGAGAAGUGCUCGUCGUCAUCAACCAAAAGGUCCAAGAUGAUUGUACCACUUCAACUACGGCGUGGUAAAUCCCUAAAAUAUGUGCCAUUGAAAAGUUAAAUAAAAAUAUGCGUAUGGAAAUAAAUAAUAGAAAAUCCCACACAA